CUUCCCAGGGUAUCGGGGGGUGAGCUGUUCGACCGCAUCGUGGAGAAGGGAUUCUACACGGAGAAAGACGCCAGCACGCUGAUCCGGCAAGUCUUGAACGCCGUCCAGUAUCUCCACAAAAUGUGUAUUGUCCACCGGGACUUGAAGCCAGAAAACCUCUUGUACUUCAGCCCGGAUGAAGAGUCUAAAAUAAUGAUCAGCGACUUUGGUUUGUCCAAGAUGGAGGGUUCGGGUGACGUCAUGUCCACCGCCUGCGGUACCCCCGGCUAUGUUGCUCCAGAGGUCCUUGCCCAGAAACCCUACAGCAAGGCGGUCGAUUGUUGGUCUAUCGGAGUCAUUGCCUAUAUUCUGUUGUGUGGCUAUCCGCCAUUCUACGAUGAAAACGACUCCAGACUCUUUGAACAGAUACUGAGGGCAGAAUACGAGUUUGACUGUCCAUACUGGGACGACAUCUCUGAAUCUGCGAAAGAUUUCAUCAAACGCUUGAUGGAGAAAGACCCCAACAAACGCUACACGUGUGAACAAGCUUUGAGACACCCGUGGAUCGCGGGAGACACGGCGCUGAACAAGAACAUCCACGAAUCGGUCAGCGCACAGAUCAGGAAGAACUUUGCCAAGAGCAAAUGGAGGCAAGCGUUCAACGCCACCGCUGUGAUCCGCCACAUGAGGAGACUACACCUGGGCAGCAGUCAGGACGGAUCGAGUGGCCACGCACACGCCAACCGCAAUCCCGCCGUCCCGCUGCCCGGCACCACGGCCCUCAAAGAUUGUGUCCCUCCUACCGCGGUCUGCAGUAACGCAUCUACUGCGCCCACUCCAACUGUUCUUUCGGACCAGCAGCCGAGAUCGACCUCAGUGACCACAGUCCUCACCGCGAGCGAAUGACGAGCGGCCUUUAACGUAAAUCAGUAAUGGGGAACAACUUCACUGUGAUGCAUCCCACAAUCCAAGCGACUUCACCCUGCAUGUGCACUGAGUUCUCGAGGGAACCCAGGGUGGAUUUAUAAAGGCCAUAUUUUAUACUGUUUAACUCUUAUAUAAUACGUGUUCCAUAAACUGCAUUGAAUCAUGUGCUGAUGGAUUUAAUGGUAUCUGGUGCUGUGCAUAUCAUCCCGCGAUGUUUCCUUCGCCAUAUCUCACGUCUAUGGUUCGUGCCGUCCCUUAGCCAUCGUUUUUCUCAGAAACACCAGCCUUUGCCCUGGACGUCCAUUCUCCAAGGAGCAAGAGCAACGCAAGCCAUCGUCUAUCACUCCUUCGAUUCCUCCCGUUCCUCCUGGAACUUCGAGGAAAACCCUA